CCGCGAUCGCAGAGGCGGCGGCGGGCGCGGAGCGGCGUGGUGGGGCCUGAAGGCCCGGCCCGCGCAUGGCCGCUGCGCGAGGAGUGCAGGCGCAAACUCGGCUGGGCCGUGGCAGGCUGUGGGCCCCGCGGGGAGGCCUCUUCCCGGCCCCGCGACGCGCCCUCGAUGCCGUUUGGGGCUCAGCGGAGCGGAACGGAAGCCGGGCCCGGACAGCGGGCUGGGUAGAAGACUGAAGGGCCUGGUCGUCCGGCGCGGGUGGAUGUGGCGGCGGCGGCGGCGGCAGCGAUGGACGCCUUAGAGGAAGAGAGCUUCGCGCUGUCCCUCUCUUCCGCCUCUGAUGCAGAAUUUGAUGCUGUGGUUGGAUAUUUGGAGGACAUUAUCAUGGAUGACGCGUUCCAGUUAUUACAGAGAAAUUUCAUGGACAAGUACUACCAGGAGUUUGAAGACACAGAAGAGAAUAAACUCACCUACACGCCCAUUUUUAAUGAAUAUAUUUCCUUGGUAGAAAAGUAUAUUGAGGAACAGCUGCUGGAGAGGAUUCCUGGAUUUAACAUGGCGGCUUUCACAACAACAUUACAGCACCAUAAAGAUGAAGUGGCUGGUGACAUAUUUGACAUGCUGCUCACAUUUACAGAUUUUCUGGCUUUCAAAGAAAUGUUUCUGGACUACAGAGCAGAAAAAGAAGGCCGAGGAUUGGACUUAAGCAGUGGUUUAGUGGUGACUUCAUUGUGCAAAUCAUCUUCCACGCCAGCUUCCCAGAACAAUCUGCGGCACUAGCUCCCAUCUCUAAGCACUGGACUGGGUCUAGACAUCACCAGCAUGGUGGGCUCGAUGAGGCUUUGGCUAAUGCCAACAAGAGAAUACAGUUUGCAAAGACUGACUGUCAUGUGGCUCUUCAUUAAUGUUAAGUAUUGAUGAGUCAAAAAGAAAAUUCCCUGACCCUCCCAGGACCUGUUUCUCCUGAGCCACCUUCUUGUAUUCAGUAACCCUAGAGCCCCUCCUAGAGUAGACAACUCUCUCAAGUACAUCUGGGAGAAGCCCUUCAUUCAGCAUAAAUGGAAUGUCAACAGUGUGGAGUAACCCACCAUCACGAGCCCUCUCUGCCCCCAGUACCAGAGUAGGCUUUGGAAGAAUCUUCUCUGCAUGCUCAGCUCUUUUGCUUGGUUUCAGUCCUUCAGCCCCAGUGGUCCAGCUGGGUGGGUUUUUAUUUCAGUGUUUUAUCUAGAGUGUCACCACUCCUGUCUCUAGAUUUCCGGAGCCCCUAUUUUCAUAGCUAGUCUUGGCCUUGGCAGUCAGUGGAAAGAGAUGCCUUUUACC